AUGGGGGACUGGGUCUGGCAGCUGCUGAGGGGAAGGGCAGGAUGUGUAUGGAGAGCCACGUGGGGCUGCGGUUGGGCCAAGGAUUUUGAGAAGAACCCUGCUGCUCUCGGUGGCCGGCAGAAGGCCUGGGCCACAGGACGAGGCAGGGAAGUGGCCAUCUUUGGCCCUGACUCAGCCUUGCAGGGAGAAGAGGGGCUGGAGCUGCGGGCGCGCCACCCCCGCCCCCAAGAUCCCCGUAAGCAGCUGGGCUUUCACAGCCAGGUUACCAGUCUGGGGGACGACCCAGCUGCUGUCUGGAUGAGCGCUGGGGCCUUUCUGCUCUGGGCUGUCGAAUUCCUGGGCCGUCGGCUGGCUGGGGCUCAUGCAGCCUUCCCCUUGGCAGCCAUCCGGGUGACCUGCACGGGUUCCUGCGGGGUCUCCAACAAGGCUAACGACGCAGCGUGGGUAGCGGAGGAGGACUACUUCAACAGUUCCCUGUCGCUGGCAGACAAGGGGAGUCUGCCCGCUGGUGAGCACAGCUUCCCCUUCCAGUUCCUGCUUCCUGCCACAGCACCCACAUCCUUUGAGGGUCCUUUUGGGAAGAUCGUGCACCAGGUGAGGGCCGCCAUCCACACGCCACGGUUUUCCAAGGAUCACAAGUGCAGCCUCGUGUUCUAUAUCUUGAGCCCCCUGAAUCUGAACAGCAUCCCAGACAUUGAGCAACCCAAUGUGGCCUCUGCCACCAAGAAGUUCUCCUACAAGCUGGUGAAGACAGGCAGCGUGGUCCUCACAGCCAGCACUGAUCUCCGCGGCUAUGUGGUGGGGCAGGCACUGCAGCUGCACGCCGACAUUGAGAACCAGUCAGGCAAGGACACCAGCCCUGUGGUGGCCAGUCUGCUGCAGAAAGUGUCCUAUAAGGCCAAGCGCUGGAUCCACGACGUACGGACCAUUGCGGAGGUGGAGGGUGCAGGCGUCAAGGCCUGGCGGCGGGCACAGUGGCAUGAGCAGAUCCUGGUGCCUGCUUUGCCCCAGUCGGCCCUGCCAGGCUGCAGCCUCAUCCACAUCGACUACUACUUACAGGUCUCUCUGAAGGCACCGGAAGCUACUGUGACCCUCCCGGUCUUCAUUGGCAAUAUUGCUGUGAACCACGCGCCACUGAGCCCCCGGCCAGGUCCAGGGCUGCCUCCCUGGGCCCCACCCCUGGUGGUGCCUUCUGCACCACCCCAGGAGGAGGCCGAGGCUGCGGCUGGCGGCCCCCACUUCUUGGACCCGGUCUCCCUCUCCACCAAGAGCCAUUCGCAGCAGCAGCCCCUGCUGGCCACCUUGGGUUCUGUGCCUGGUGCCCCCGAGCCCUGUCCUCAGGAUGGCAGCCCUGCCUCAUAUCCGCUGCGGCCUCCCUUGUGCAUUUCAACAGGUGCCACUGUCCCCUACUUUGCAGAGGGCUCUGGGGGGCCAGUGCCUACCACCAGCACCUUGAUUCUUCCUCCAGAGUACAGCUCUUGGGGCUACCCCUAUGAGGCCCCACCGUCCUAUGAGCAGAGCUGCGGCGGCGUGGACCCCAGCCUGACCCCUGAGAGCUGACCCCGUGCUGCCUUCUCCAGGCAGGCCUGGCCUCUGCCCUGGGACUGGGGCGCCCAGGGCCUCGUGCCUUCUCUCUCGGCCUGGCCUGACCCACUCAGGACCUGCCCAGCCUCUGCCAGCUCCUCUGGCGUCCACCCUCUUCUCCCUGGGGCUGGGGUGGGGAUGGCAGGGAGCUGGGACCUGGAGAGACUCCUGUAAAUAAAACGCUGUAUUUGUAGA